GGGUUUUAGCAUCUUUUUGGCCCAAUAACUCAAACCCGUUCAUAGCAACGAACCAGAAAACUUCUACCUCACAAACUCGCAUCAAAAUGGCGACUGCAGCGGCUGCCGCUCGAUCUAUUUUCCGGUCAUCCUCCGUCCGUAGCGCGGCGGCAAGAGCAUCCUCCCAAGCCAAAGCUGCACGCUCUCCCUUUCGCAUCGGUAGCCAGAAUGCUCUCUCUAAUCGCAUUUUCAGAUGUCCAGCUGAAAUGAGUGCCUGUUUGGAAUCACUGCAACCUUUUCACACUGCCACUGCUUCAGCAUUGAUGACUUCCAUGCUUACCCUUUCUCAACGUGGUUACGGUUGGCUCCCUGAAGGUAUCUAGCAAAGCGUCAUAGGGUCCCACCUUGAUCUUCUUUCAUUCAGUUUUGAGGAGUUGACAGAUGAAGAUCGAGAAGCAAAGAUGGAAUGAUUUGGAUCUUUUUGUGUUUUUUUUUUAAAAGAUUUUGUUUGAAUAGAAAACAUAUAUAUAAUAGAUCCAUCAAUAAUGAAUCAGAAACUUGUGAAAUGAACAGUUGAGGGUAACAGAUUUAAGAUUAUGAAUUUAUGUUGCAUGCGUAGCAUUGGAGUAAUCUAGUUUUGUAUCAUGAUGCACGUUUAAAUUGUUUAAUGAAUUUUUUAUAAUUGGAAAUGAAUUUAAAUGAUGGUGAACUUAUUAUGAA